UCGCAUACCCCUUCGUCGGGAGGGAGAAUCGCUGGACUUCAUGAUCUCCGUAGUAGUCCUGCACCACGAGGGCCACCACUUGGUGGAUCUGAUGAUGAUUCCGAUGAAGAAGGUGCUGGAGGCGAAAGCUGGUUCGCUGGAGGGGAGAGAAGUGGGAUUAAUGUCGAAAACCCUGACAGGCCAGGUGGACCUCCCGGUGCAAAUAAUAUGGUUCGCGAGAUCCUCCGAAGAGCCGCACAAGCACCGAGGCCGGAGGAGCCGGCUCCAAGAAAUGCAUUCUUUGGCUCUGGUAAUACUCUGGGCUCGGAUGAGGUGCCUUCCUCGUUCAUUCCUGAUCCUGAGGAGGUAGAGCAGGAGACCGCUAUCCGAUAUCUUACAUUCUGGAAAAACGGCUUCAGCAUUGAAGACGGUCCUCUUAUGGAAUAUGAUAAUCCGGAGAAUCAACGAAUCCUUGAGGCAAUCAACAGCGGCAAUGCGCCUCCUUCAUAUUUGAACGUUCAAGUCGGUCAGCCUGUAGAACUUCGCGUUACUCGCCGAGUGGACGAAGAAUAUGUUGCGCCAAAGAAGCUCGGGAAGGCCUUUUCAGGAGCAGGUCACCGACUAGGGGGGAUUGUGCCCACUGAGUUGUCUUCGUCGACACCACAACAUGUCCCCGGAGCCUUUCCAUCCCAACCUCAGCCCCCCACACCCUCCAACGAAAGCACUGUGGCAGGCCUGACGACAAGGUUUGAAGUGGAUCAAACGCAGCCUACGACCAGUGUGCAGAUAAGGUUGGCCGAUGGUACAAGGCUUGUGGCUCGUAUGAAUUUAACCCACACUGUAGGCGAUGUCCGGGGAUUUAUCAGGGCAUCCCGUCCUCAGUCGGAAGCGCAGCCUUUUACCAUCGGCACUACAUUCCCUAACCGUAUCCUGGAGGAUGAUGGUCAAACGAUCGAACAAGCAGGACUCGUCAACAGCGUCGUGGUUAUGCGAUGGUCAUAA